AUGGAGUCAGCGAAUGAGGAUACUGGCCUCGUGCCUUCGGGGCAUGCAAUCCCACCCUCCUCGGCAUCGCCGGCCAUCUCCAGCAUAGACAAAUCCACCCCCAACACAAAUACAGCCUCCACCAAUAGUGAAGAGACUACCUCUGUUUACGCUGGGAAUAUACUGAACAAUGAGCGUCCAGUUUCUGGCAUUGUUCCUCCGUAUUGGACUCAUCAUAGAGCUGCCUCUAGAGUCUCGCAAAUAUCUCUUGACGCUGGUCCCGCAAUAACCCUGGAAGAUCACACGGAAGAUCCAGAAUGUGAAACCAGCCGUGGUCUGUGGGCUAAGAGCGUCUCCGUGGAUGAUUACGUCGUUGUUCAAGGGAAGACCGGGAUCGGAUCGUAUGUAGUCUGGAAUUGCAAAGUACAAACACUUGAUGGUGGUCCUAUAACAGUUCGCUUGAGGUAUUCUGAGUUCGAUGACUUGCGACAACGCCUCAUAAUAUCAUUUCCGCACGCCAAAAAUGCCCUACCUCCUUUGCCACCUAAGAGUGUAAUCUUCAAAUUUCGUCCGAAAUUUCUCGAAUCGCGCCGCGUCGGGUUGGAAUAUUUUUUGAAUUGCGUCCUAUUAAACCCCGAAUUCUCUAGCUCUCCGAUAGUGAAGGAGUUUCUUUUUGGCAGGGCUUGCUAG